AUGCACUGCUCCUAUUGGGCAGCCACUCCCUUCGACACACUCAUCCGCACCGCCUAUUGGCCGAGAAUAUCUUUCAGCCCGCCCAUCCGCGCCGCCUAUUGGCCAACUGAUCCUUUUGUCCGCCCUUCUGAUUGGGCAGCAGAUCUUUGCCCUUUCGUCUUCUUCGAGUUUUAUUGCGCUGAUUGCUCAGAGACUUGGUGUCUGAUUGGUCCCCUGGGUCACGAGAGAGGAAAUUUUGGCCUUUGCUGCUUGGGGCGCCUCAGCAUCCCGAUCAGCUUUUCCUGCCUCUGCCCAACCUCAUGGCGCCUCACUGUGCCCACCGUGAGCCCGUGUGCCCGUCAGCGCCUGGCCCUGCUGGCACUCCUCUUUGGAGUCUGCCUGCUGCUCCUUGUGGCAGCCACAGAUCUGCGCCGUUGGGGCUCUUCUGCCCCCCCAGACCGGCCGUUUGAGAGGUACAUGGCCCGGGUGGGAGACCUGGAAGCUACGGACACAGGGGACUCCACACUGAACUAUGGGAUUGUUGUUGAUUGUGGGAGCAGCGGCUCCCGGGUCUUUGUGUAUUUCUGGCCUCCACACAACGGGAACCCUCAUGACCUGUUGGAUGUCAAGCAGAUGAGAGACCAGAGCCGCCAGCCCGUCGUCAAGAAAAUCAAGCCAGGGAUCUCCGUGCUGGCAACCACUCCGGACCAAGCCAGUCACUACAUGCGCCCACUGCUCAGCUUUGCUGCAGCUCAUGUGCCGGUGACAAAGCACAAGGAGACUCCACUCUACAUCCUGUGCACGGCGGGUAUGAGGCUGCUGCCUGAGAGGCAGCAGGCUGCAAUCCUGGCGGACUUGGUGAGGAAUGUGCCCCUGGAGUUUGAUUUCCUCUUCUCGGCGUCGCAAGCUGAAGUGAUCUCAGGGAAGCAGGAAGGGGUUUAUGCCUGGAUUGGGAUCAACUUUGUCUUGGGGAGAUUCGAUCACGAGGAGGAGGAGGAAGCGAUGGUCACAGUGGCUCUGGGGAGUCAGGCGGAGUCCCUGGUGCGGAAGCGGACAGUGGGGAUCUUGGACAUGGGUGGUGCUUCUCUGCAAAUCGCCUACGAGGUGCCCAGCGUGGAGGCCUUCUCCUCCCCACAGCAGGAGGAGGCUGCCAAGAGCCUGCUGGCUGAGUUCAACCUGGGCUGUGACGUGCAGCACACGGAGCACGUGUACCGUGUCUAUGUCAGCACCUUCCUGGGCUUUGGGGGGAACUUUGCACGGCAGCGCUACGAGGAGCUUGUGCUGAACCAGACACGUACCCACAACAGGCUGCACAGCCAGCAGAUGGGGGCAAGUACUGAGACCCCUUUUCUGGAUCCCUGCUUGCCUGUGGGGCUCAAGGACACAAUAGAAAGAGGGGGCCAGACCCUGCAUAUCCGAGGGCGAGGGGACUGGCAGGCCUGUGCACAGCUGCUGCAGCCUCUGCUGGCAGGGGUCAAUGGCAGCCAGGCCUCCCUGACCAGCACUUACCAGGCACCCAUUGACUUCAACAACAGCGAGUUCUAUGGCUUCUCGGAGUUCUUCUACUGUACUGAGGACGUGCUGCGUCUCGGGGGCCACUACCAUGCACCCAGCUUUGCCCGCACUGCCCAGGAUUACUGCAGCCUGAGCUGGUCAGUGCUGACUCAGCGGUUCCAAGAGGGCCUGUACUCCCCACACGCAGACCAGCAGCGGGUCAAGUAUCAGUGCUUUAAAUCUGCCUGGAUGUACCAAGUCCUUCAUGAAGGCUUUCACUUUCCCCUGGAUUACUCCAGCCUGCACAUGGCCCAGCUCGUGGACGACCGUGAGGUGCAGUGGACCCUUGGAGCCAUUCUCUAUAAAACCCGCUUUCUGCCACUCAGGGAUCUCCGGCAGGAGAGCAGCCGACAAGCCCACAGCCCCUGGCUCCGCCUCUCCUUCGUCUACAACCACUAUCUCUUCUUUGUCUGCAUCCUGGUGGUGCUGCUGGCCAUCAUCCUCUACCUAUUGCGGCUGCGCCGCAUUCAUAGCCGCCAGCUGUGUUUAGCUCCCCAUAACCUACGGUGGCUGGAAGAGGCCGUGCUGCUGCCAGGCCAGGAACUGGGGCCCUAACCUGGCUCUGGAACACCAGCACCUGAACUGGAACCUAGGCUGGGUGACAAGCAGCCAAAGCCAGCCUAUGGGGCUGCUGCCUAGGUUCCAUCUCCUCUCCUAGAGCCCCAACACCAGUCAGGCCCUUGUUUGACACACAGGCCUGGAGACUCCCUGCUGGGCAGGAGAGGUGGGUACUCAGUAACAGGUGGUACCAGCAAGGCAGAUUUAGCUCUCUACUCAUGGGAAUAGAAAGGUGUAGCACAUCAGGGGAAAGCCUAGCUUGCAAACCUAUGGAACUCACUGCAAUAAGAUAGUGAGGUUAAGCAUCAGUAGGACUCAGCAGCCAACUGGACCGUUGAGGGGCCAAUAAGCACACCUGCUAUUACCUCUGAAAAGUCGAUCAUAAGGGACAUGUCUGCCAGUCAAGGAGCCUUAAUCCCUAAGUCUGUUUACCUUCUCUUGAAGCACAGAGCAGCCCCCGCCCCCCCUCCACCAUUGCUGUUUUUUCUGUCCAAGGGGCAGGAGUGGGACCAUAGUCCUAGCAUCACGUUGCUCCCUUGACAAGGGGCAGCUACGGGAGGGCUAGAGUUCCUAACCCCCUCUGCACAGCUGAGACUCCAUGAAUCUUUCUGUGGCUGUGUCCUACCCCCAAGCAGCAGGCUUCCCCCUGGGCCAUAGGGCACAAGUCCCCAGUCUCAGCCAUGGGGGGUUCCUUGGCUGACGGCAGGGCCCAGAAGUGGAAACUGGGUCAUUGCAAAUUGGUUUUCUUCUAGCAGAAGCCAUCUGAAUGAGCCUUCUCCCUCAUCCUGGGCUUCAGCUUCCCUUUAAAUCCUUCAGAGGGGGUGUAGCCCUUGUCCCCUCCAGCAGCUGCCUGAGUUUAGCCCCUUGAAGGCUUCCCUGCAGCCCAGCUGUUCAACAAGGAGGGGCACAGACCAAAUGCUGCAUCCCCCCAGAGGGGUGCUUUGCUACCUCAGAGGGAUCACAUGUGAUGUCUGUAGGGGCUGCUAAGACAUGCUAGCUUGUGUGAUUUGAGGCAGGUACCGGCCUGCCCCUGGCCAUCCCUACCCAUUUCAGGCCAAAGUUCUUUCCUUGUACAGGGCAGCAAUCCAUGCCCUGAUUCAGCCAUGGAAUUCAUCCUGCAGGCUGCCUCCCCUCCCCCAGGCCUUGCCUCCACAGAACCCAGAUUACUUGAACCCCAGCUGUUCCGAUUAGCGCAAUAAACAAUCCACAGGCCACCCCAGCAGUUUGUGCUUAUCUGUGUUAGGGUCAGCACCCCCUGUAGUCUCUGCUGCAGACUUAACCCCCCUGCGGAAGGGAAUGUACAGAUGCUCUUUGUGGGGAAGAGCCCUAGCUGGAAGUUUCUCUCAUCCAGGGCACGGCUCAGCACACUCACCCUGGGUGCUCAGAGCAGUGGGGUAGCUCUGAUCCAGGCCACACCUGCUGGAAUGAUUACUGCAGUUUCCAUCAAUCCCCUGGGUGAGAAGUCAGCAGCGCACAGCCUAGCCUCUGGGUAUCCUUGAAUAAGAGGGUUAAUUGCCAGCAUGGCUCAGGCAGGGGCCUGCACAGCUGGAGCAGAGAAGUGCUCCAGGGGCCACCCAAGCACUGGUGGUGCUAGAUCAAAGUAGGCAACAGCUGUUAGAGCAAGGCAGUGCACUCAGUCUUUCAUGGGGUGGAGCCAGGCCCCAGCUAAGGCUUUGACUUGAGGGGGAAACUGUUGCAUGGUACCUGGAAGCAGGGACAAGGGCAGAGCAUAUGCUUCAUCCUCCCUGAAACAGUUCCACUGCUGCACACGGGUCCAGCCCCCUUCCCUCGCCCCUGCAGCAGGGUAGGGGAGAGGAAGGAAGCUGCACCUAGAGCUCACCACAAGGGAGACCACCACGCUGCAUACUAGAAAAACUUUUAUUUUCACAACACAUUUAAACACCAAACAACAAAUAAAUACUGUGGUUAAUAAAUACGGGAAAUAGGAGGGGGAGACCAGGGUCUGGUCCAGAUUAUCGGCACCUGCCCCACAACCAGCCCACACACAAGAAGGGGCAGGAGUAGGAACCCUCUGAGCAGAGAAGAGCCAGGUGCCUGUGGUACUAGGAUCGCAGGGGAAAGAGGGUUUUUUUUCCCCUGCAGACUGACUCAGAGUCCCACCCUGACCUACCACUCACUAGGACUUCUUCCAUCAGCCACACACUGUUCCUCAGGCCCACCCUCCCAGAAAUAGCAAUAGCCACCAAUCAGGAGCAGGCUUGAAAGCAGGGAUGCUGCUCCGGAGCCCAGGGAUCUCCCAAGGGGCUCCGGCUGCAGAGGAUGUGGUCCUCACAUGCACCAGCCCACAGAACGGGCUGCCAGGACCAGGAUUCAUGCAACAGGCAUCAUGAGGCUGAACUCUGUCUCCAUUUCUCGCUUUAAGGGCUGAACAGAGCAGAGGCAAAAGGAGGGCUGUGGUCCCUGUACCUACCCUCCAAGAGUAGGGGUAGGCACAGUCUUCUGCACCAGCCAAUUCCUUGGGAACCACAGAGCUCAGCUAGCCACUUGGGAAUCUCUCCCAUGCUAAGGAGGGGUGGGGUUCCAUCUGCAGCACCUGGCUCAAGAGGAAGCUCAACUCUGAAGGAAAACCUGACUCCUCAGGGCUACAUGAGUGGCCCUUGUGCCUUUUGGUUCCUGGAUGCAGUGGCUGAGGUGGUGCUGCAGCUGGUCUGACCUGGGGUCCAGCUCUGGCAGGACAGCACUGGUGGGUACAGAGGGUGGAUCUACAUCUGGAUUUCAGAAGGAAAUGCAGGAG